AAAGAUUCUGAAACAGUGCCAUUCGUGCUUUCAACACUUCCCACGAUGGCGAAGAUUUUCAGCUUUGUGUGGUUUUCUAUUUUUAUUCCAAUUGUAUUCUCUUCUCAACAAGCAGUUACUGUAAAAGGAAUUGUUAAUUGUCGCGGGCAUAGACAACCUGGUACAUUUGUGCAACUUUACGAUGAAGACUCAAUAUUCGACAGUGAUGAUCUUCUUGGGUCUGUAGUUGCAGAUCAUAGAGGAGUUUUUUGUGUCAAGGGAUCAACCGAAGAGUUCACUGCGAUCGAGCCAUAUGUCUUUAUUGAACACAACUGUGGUUACGAAGGACUGAAUGAAAAGAGAGUUUUCUCAAAAAUGAUCCCAGCAGAGUACAUUACUGAAGGAGCAAAAGCCAAGCAUGUGUAUCAUUUGGGGGAUAUCGAACUUCUUACAGCAGACGCUCCUGUUCAAAAAUACGAAAAACGAAUCUACAUUGAGACAAACAUGGAAGAGCGAAUCCGUCAGUGCAUUCCAAUUUAUGUGCAGUAUAAAGCUUUUUACGAGAAAACUGUUUUUGAAACGAAAGUUCACGAAACUGUAUUGCCAACAGACGAAGAACCAGUGGAAGUAGAAGAGCCUGUAGUUGAGCCAACAGAAGGAGAUGAGCAGAUGGCAUCAAGUUCUGAACACAUUACCAAAGAUAAUGAAGAGCAUCAUGUUGAUCACCAAGAACAUCACGAAGUUUCAGAUGAAGAAAGAAGAAUCGAAGAGGAGCGAUUUAGACUUGAAGAAGAACAAAAAAGGUUGGAUGAAAUCAGAAGGCUAGAGGAAGAAAGUCUUAGAUUGGAAGAAAUCCGUCGCAUUGAAGAAGAAAAGAAACGCAUAGAAGAAAUCAGACGUCAAGAAGAAGAGCAACAAAGAAUUGAGUUAGAACGUAGAGAAGAAGAACGUCGAUUGGAGUCUGAACGAAGAGCCGAGGAAGAACGAAAGCGGGAAGAAGAAGCAAAACUUCAAGAGCAAAGAAGAAGAGAGCAAGAAGACGAACACAAAAGAAGAAUGGAGGAAUAUCACAGAAGAGAACAGGAACGUCAAGAAGCCCUGAAACGACGAGAGGAGGAAAUUAAAAGAAGAGAGGAGGGCGAGAAAACUCGAACUGUCUCAUCUUCUGAAAAGGUUGAAAAGAAGGAUCCAUGUGUGCACUAUCCAGUUUUAACACAGGGUCAAUCGUUCAGCCGAUCUAUUGAGCUUCGACAUGAAUACGUGGAGGACCCAUGUCUCAAAAAAUAAACCAUCGUCAUUUGUUUAGCAUUUACCAAUUUCUCUGAACUAACUUGUAUUGUUAUCAAUUAUCGCUAUCAGAUCUUUAUUAAGCUUUCAACCCACUAAUUUCUUCUAUACACUUAUACAAAUAAUAAAAUUAUUUUGAGAUCACACAU